UUCCCGCGCCUGCUCGGCCGUCGAGCCGCGUCCCAGCGCUGUCACCUCUGCUCCAGGCUCGCCCAGAGCCCGCCGCCCGCCAUGCCCGCUGCCACUCCAGCCCCGAACCCGCCGCCGCCCCCUGCCCGGCCAGCCCCAGCCUGCUCGGCGCGGCCUGCCCCAGGACAGCAAGGCCUAUGUGACCAUUCUCUAAAAUAUUUAAGCUCACGAAUCACAGAACGGAAGCUGCAAGGCUCCUGGCUGCCGGCUGGCCGAGGGAAUCUGGAGAAACCAUUCCUGGGGCCACGUGGCCCCGUCGUGCCCUUGUUCUGCCCUCGGAACAGCCUUCACUCGGCACACCCGGAGAACAGCCCGCUGAAGCCCAGGGUCGUGACGGUGGUGAAGCUGGGUGGGCAGCGCCCCCGAAAGAUCACUCUGCUCCUCAACAGGCGGUCAGUGCAGACGUUUGAGCAGCUCUUAGCGGACAUCUCAGAAGGCCUGGGCUCUCCCAGAUGGAAGAAUGACCGCGUGAGAAAACUAUUUAACCUCAAGGGCAGGGAAAUCAGGAGCGUCUCUGAUUUCUUCAGGGAAGGGGAUGCUUUCAUAGCAAUGGGCAAAGAACCACUGACACUGAAGAGCAUUCAGGUGGCUGUAGAAGAACUGUACCCCAACAAAGCCCGGGCCUUGACACUGGCCCAGCACAGCCACGCCCCUUCGCCAAGGCUGAGGAGCAGGCUGUAUAGCAAGGCUCUGAAAGGAGACCACCGCUGUGGGGAGACGGAGACCCCCAAGAGCUGCAGUGAGGUUGCAGGGUACAAGGCAGCCAUGAGGCACCAGGGGAAGAUCGCUGAGGAGCUCUCACUAGAUGACAGAGCGAGGACCCAGAAGAAGUUGGGAAGGGGGAAAUGGGAGCCGGAACCCGGUAGCAAGCUGCCCAGGGAAGCCACUGUAGAAGAGAGGCACGCAAGGGGAGAGAAGCACCUCGGGGUGGAGAUUGAAAAGACCUCGGGUGAAAUUAUCAGAUGCGAGAAGUGCAAGAGAGAGAGGGAGCUCCAGCAGAGCCUGCAGAGGGAGAGGCUUUCUCUGGGGACCAGUGAGCUGGAUAUGGAGAAGGGCCCAGUGUAUGACAUGGAGAAGCUGGUGAGGACCAGAAGCUGCAGGAGGUCUCCCGAGGCAAAUCCUGCAGGCGGGGAGGAAGGGUGGAAGGGUGACAGCCACAGGAGCAGCCCCUGGAAUCCCACUCAGGAGCCAAGGAGACCCAGCAAAAGCACGGACAAGAAAGAGGACAGAGGCCCGGAGGAUCAAGAAAGCCAUGCUCAGGGAGCAGCUAAGGCCAAGAAGGACCUUGUGGAAGUUCCUCCUGUCACAGAGGAGGGGCCGAGGGAGGUGAAGAAAGACACCAGGCUCAUGAGCAGGAGCAAGCACGGUGGCUGGCUCCUGAGAGAGCACCAGGCCGGCUUUGAGAAGCUCCCCAGGACCCGAGGAGAAGAGAAGGAGGCAGAGAAGGAGAAAAAGCCGUGCGUGUCUGGAGGCAGAAAGACGACUCUCAGAGAUGACCAACCUACAAAGCUAGAAAAGGAGCCCAAGACAAGGCUGGAAGAGAACAAGCCAGAGCGACCCAGCGGUCGGAAGCUGCGGCCCGUGGGCGUCAUUGCCGCCAACGUGGAGAAACAUUAUGAGACUGGCCGGGUCAUUGGGGACGGGAACUUUGCUGUCGUGAAGGAGUGCAGGCACCGCGAGACCAGGCAGGCUUAUGCGAUGAAGAUCAUUGACAAGUCCAGACUCAAGGGCAAGGAGGACAUGGUGGACAGCGAGAUCUUGAUCAUCCAGAGCCUCUCUCACCCCAACAUCGUGAAACUGCAUGAAGUCUACGAAACAGACACGGAAAUCUACCUGAUCCUGGAGUAUGUGCAGGGAGGAGACCUUUUUGACGCCAUCAUAGAAAGUGUGAAGUUCCCGGAGCCCGACGCUGCCCUGAUGAUCAUGGACUUAUGCAAGGCCCUUGUCCACAUGCACGACAAGAGCAUUGUCCACCGGGACCUCAAGCCAGAAAACCUUUUGGUUCAGCGAAAUGAGGACAAAUCUACUACCUUGAAAUUGGCUGAUUUUGGACUUGCAAAGCAUGUGGUGAGACCUAUAUUUACUGUGUGUGGGACCCCAACUUAUGUAGCUCCUGAAAUUCUUUCUGAGAAAGGUUAUGGACUGGAGGUGGACAUGUGGGCUGCUGGCGUGAUCCUCUAUAUCCUGCUGUGUGGCUUUCCCCCCUUCCGCAGUCCUGAGAGGGACCAGGACGAGCUCUUUAACAUCAUCCAGCUGGGCCACUUUGAGUUCCUCCCCCCUUACUGGGACAAUAUCUCUGAUGCUGCCAAAGAUCUGGUGAGCCGAUUGCUGGUGGUAGACCCCAAAAAGCGCUACACAGCUCAUCAGGUUCUUCAGCACCCCUGGAUCGAAACGGCUGGCAAGACCAAUACAGCGAAACGACAGAAGCAGGCGUCCCCCAGCAGCGAGGGCCACUUCCGGAGCCAGCACAAGAGGGUUGCUGAGCAGAGUUGGCCGCUCAGGAAACCAAACCCUUGACACCCCCUAGAAACUUGAAACCAUGUCAAAGAAGUACCAGCUAGUGCUUUAAUCUCAGAAGCUUGGAGGAGGGGUCUUACGGAGCUGGGACUCAGACCCCUGAGGAGAGGCGGCAGCAUAAUGGGACUCAUUCUGAAAAUGGGAAAGAAGCUGGAAGCUGGAUUCAGUUGCUACUCGAACAUCUUUUGAUAAAGACACCAGUAACCUUCAUUUCACUAAAUCCAAAAGAUAAUUUUCAAUCCUCAAAUUGGCAUCAUUUGACCCUACUGACCAUUCUGUCUUUGAGUAAUGUCUCCUGUUGACUACCAUGAUGUCACAUUUUUCUGUUGUUUUUUUUUCUCCUAUAUCUUUGGAUCUCCUGUAUCCAUUCAGUUUUCUUCCAGAUGCUAAAAAUUGUAGUUCCAUCCUUAGUGGCUAGGGAAAUGCAAAUUAAAAUCACAAUGAACUAUCACUAUACACUUAGUAGAAUAGCUAAAAUGAAAUGGCUAAAAUGAAAAGACCGACCGUACUAGCUCCUAGCGAGGAUGCCGAGCAACUGAACUCCCAUGCGUUUCUGCUGGGAGGAUAAAAUGGGACUUCCCCUUUGGAGCAUGGUUUGGUAGUUCCUUUAAAAGUGAAACAUGUACCUACCAUAUGAUCCAACUAUUCCACUUCUAGAUAUUUACCCGGGAGAAAUUCAAGCGUAUGUCCUAUGAAGACUUCGCAAUAUUUAUAAGUGCUUUAUUUGUAGUAGCCCCAAAGUGGAAACAGCUUGACUGUGCAUGAAUUGGUGCAAGGACAAACAGAUUGUAUAUCCACACAAUGAAUAACAGCCACAAAAAAGGGAUGAACUAUUCACACACAACAACAUGGAUGGACUGCCAAAUAAUUGGGCAGAAUGAAAGAAGAAGAAAAAGACUACAUUUUGAUUAUUUCACUUACAUACUAUUCCAGAAAAUACAAGUGAAUCAGUAAGGACAGAAAGUGAUCAGGGGCUUCCUGGAGACGGAAGUGGGGAGCGGAGGGACAGAGGGAUUGCAAGGGAACGCUUGGUAACUUUGGGGAUGAUGGACAUGUUCAUUUUCUUGAAUGUUACAGUGGAGUUGUGGGGGUAUAUAUAUCAAAACUUACCAAAUUGUACACUUGUUAUGUGCAGUUUAUUGUGUGUCAAUUAUACCUCAAUAAAGUUGUUAAAAAUGUAAUUGCAGGUCCUCAAAGACCAGUCCUAGACCCUAUUUUCACUCUAUUUCCCUUGGCAGCUUCAUUCACAUUCACUAUCUAUUUGCAGACGAGCCUCUCCUUCCCUGCCUCCAGUUACAUUUCCAUCCAAGGCUUCUGUUAGUUCUAGGCCAAUCUUUCCAACUGCCUACAUGACAUAUCCAUACACAGGCCUCAGGAGUUCCUCCAAGGCAGAAUGCACUAUUAUCACCCCCAAACCUGGUCCUCCUCCAUUUCUCCCCAUCUCAGGGAAUGGUGGCGUUCAGCAAGUUCAGAACACAGACGUCACCCUUGAUACCUGACUCUCUGACUCCCGAAUCAGUCCAUCCCUGCUGAUUUACUUCCUCAGUGUUGCUUGGCUCUGUCCACUUAACUUCCUUCGUUUCUCUUCUGAUGGACAUUUAGGCUGUUUCUCACUAAUUCUUUAUUCUUACAAACAUGCUGUAUUUACCAUCCAUCCUACGUGCACUCCUUGUGCAUGUUUACGAGAGUUUCUUUGCUUAGAAAAUCUCCAACUUGAUCAGAUACUGCCAACUUGAUUUUGAAUUUAUCCUCCCAUAAAGAGUGAUGAAAGCUUCCUCUCUUCUCUCAUGGUUUAUCACAUGGUUUUGCUUUUUAAUUACUCAGAUGAUAAUAUUUGAAUUCCAGUGUGUAUCUCAUUUCCACCCAGAGCAAUGCCACCACUGGGUAUGAUUUUCAGCCCUACUUUACAGAUGGGGAGACUGAGGCUUAGAGAAAUGGCCUGACUUGCCAAUCAUCACUUAGUUUACAAAAAAAGCCAGCUGCCAGAUAUGCACCGCAGUGCAGAGGGGCACCAUCCCUUCAGUUCCCAGCCUUUGCUCUGCGUCUGUCCUGCAAGGCCAGAUCCCAAAUGCCUGUGGAUGAGCAAUACUAAGAAGACUCCCUUCUGCGACAGAGGUACUUUUACUAGAGGCCCCUUUA